GGCGCCGUUAGCAUCCGGAGCUAACACACUGGGAGCACGGUGCGGAGGAGGAACGCGUCCUGCUGCACACGGGAGGCAGAACAGAUAGCAACGACUUCAAACACACAACCCCCCCCCCUCCCCCCAGCUAAUCCUUGAGCUAACCAUUAUCCCUCCGUGCUGUCCGGGACAGGAAGAUAACGAUAAAUACCCCUGCACUGCCACCUCAAUUAGCACGACGGCGCAAGACAGAUAACGUGUGUGGGGGGCGGGGGGGGGGAGAGAGAGAAACUGCGCUUUUGCCUGGAGAGUCUUCCCUUUUCCCCAGGCGUUGGCCAAAGCAUUCGCCUUCGAAACAUUGUGAGGAAAUUCGUCUCUGCGGGCUCGAGCGACGCCUGCUCCGUCGUGAGGAAAAAUGCGGCUGCCGACGAAGAGACUGUGCGCGGCGGAAGGAGACGGCAAGAAGAUGGACCAAGCGCCGCCGAUCAGGAACCCGUUCGUGCACGUGCUGAAAUUCACCCCUCUGGAAAAGGCAAAGAUUGCAUUAAUGACAGUCACACUCUUCCCCGUCCGUCUGCUCAUAGCUGCAUUCAUGAUGCUUCUGGCUUGGCCUUUUGCAUUCCUGGCCUCAGUAGGGCGCUCCGAGACCGUCGUCGAACCCCAGUGCCUCUGGAGGAGACUGGUGGACAUAAUUCUGAAGAUCAUCAUGCGGGUCAUGUGGUUUGCGGGAGGUUUCCAUUGGAUUACUGUGAAAGGUCAAAGGGCAUUGCCUGCAGAAGCACCCAUCCUCACCCUGGCACCCCACUCUUCUUACUUUGAUGCCAUCCCAGUCACAAUGUCAAUGGCCUCGAUUGUCAUGAAGGCUGAGAGCAAGGAUAUACCUCUCUGGGGCACUUUGAUCAAGUUCAUCAGGCCAGUGUUCGUGUCACGGUCAGACCAGGACUCCAGAAAGAAGACUGUGGAGGAAAUCAAACGCAGAGCCCGCUCUGGAGGGGAAUGGCCUCCGAUAAUGAUUUUUCCAGAGGGAACGUGCACCAAUAGAUCCUGCCUAAUCACCUUUAAGCCAGGGGCCUUCAUCCCAGCUGUACCUGUGCAGCCUGUGGUGAUUCGUUACCCUAAUAAACUGGACACAAUCACAUGGACAUGGCAAGGACCUGGAGCGUUUGAAAUCUUGUGGCUGACACUCUGCCAGCUGCAUAACGAGUUUGUGAUUGAAUUUCUUCCCAUCUACACACCCUCAGAGGAGGAAAAAAGGAACCCUGCUCUGUUUGCUAUUAAUGUGAGACGCAUCAUGGCAAAAGCCCUGGGUGUACCCAUCACCGACUAUUCAUUUGAAGACUGCCAGCUGGCCAUGGCAGAAGGCCAACUCAGACUGCCAGUCGACACCUGUCUGCUGGAGUUUGCCAAGCUCGUCAGGAGACUGGGGCUGAAACCACGGAACGCAGAGAAGGUUCUGCAGGAGUACGGGAACAGAGCCAGGAAGCUGGAGGGGCAGAAGCUGGGCUUGGACGACUUUGCCCAGUUCCUCGAUGUCCCAGUUUCAGACAUGUUGCUUGACAUGUUCGCUCUUUUUGACGAGCAUGACGAUAACUCUAUGGAUAUCAGAGAGUACGUGAUAGCCUUAUCUGUUGUAUGCAGACCUGCCAAAACUCUGGAAACUAUGAAAUUAGCCUUCAAGAUGUUUGAGGCAGACGAGGAUGGGGCCAUCACAGAGAUGGAGUUGGCAGUUAUACUGAAGACAGCUCUAGGAGUGACUCACCUCGGCGUGUCGUGUCUAUUUACUGCCAUCGACUGUGAUGACACGGGGAAGCUUACAUUUGACAAGUUCAGAAGCUUUGCAGAGCAGCACCCCGACUUUGCCGAGGAUUACCUGCACACAGAAAACACAGGCCUCCACAGCGGCCCCUGCCACGGUCACCGGACAACGCCCAGCAUGUCUUCCCUGAACCCGCGAGGCACUGCCACCACCAAAACGUCUAACGGUAUCUGCCCAGACUUUAGCCCCAAUGACCACCAUGGCACAAUAGAUGGACUCCUCAAGAAACACAACUAAAAUGGUGUAAAAUGCUGUGGGAGAAAUCAUACUCCUCUCCUGGCGAGAGGGUGUUGUCUAUGGGGCAAAGGGUUGUUAGUUACUUGUUAGUUAGUAACACGUCUGAAUAGUAAGGGACUUCAUUUCAGUAACCACAGCGACAAAAAGGAAGAAGUUUACCUUACCCCCUUUUUUUAUUGGUAUUGUUUCCUUGAGGUUUUUUGAGGAUGUGUUCAGCCUGGCAACAGUUUAUUUUGUUAUAAAUUUUUUCUUUCUUUUUUUCAUAACAAGGAUCGUUAAAAUGCCAAACACUGGUUGUUUCAUUUAUAAUGCUUGAAUACUUGAAGGGCAAGCACUUGUGAAAAUUCCUGGGGCAAAUGAUUUUUUUUUUGUUCUUCUUCUCCCUCUAACAUGUGUAUGACUUUGCAUGUUGUUAACGAGAGGGAAGCAAGACAAAAGGAAAAAAAAUAGCCCUAGUGAGUGAAGUGAUCUAACUUUUUAGUGAAAUCAGUGUUGGAUUCUCUUUUCAUUUUGUAAUUUCUUUUCAUUAAUGGUAGCUGCCUUUUUUUUAAGUGCAAAAUGCAUGAGGUCAUGUUAUUUUGAGCACGAUUGAGGAUUAUUUAUUUUAAGAAGGGGGGCCUGAGGGUGCCAGUGACAAUAGUUUGACCACUACAAGUGUCCAGCUUAAGUGGCCACAUUUGAGGUGAACUCAGGUCUCUGCAUGUUGGUGGUCAUAUUUGCUAUGAGCCUGUUAUAAACAUACAUACAUAUAUAUAUAUAUAUAUAUAUAUAUAUAUAUAUAUAUAUAUAUAUAUAUAUAUAUAUAUAUAUAUAUAU